UUUACCGCCCAUUGGCGCUAAUUAAUGUUUUUGCUUAGUGUAUACUACAACAUGGACACCAGUAAAACUGCUUUAGCUGUUCUCUGUGGUGCUGUUGGAGGCUGUAUCUUAGGAGCAGGGUACAUGCUAUGGAGAGGGCAUCACCACGGACAUGGGCACGGGCCAUUUACUCAAGGAGAAUUUGAGAAUAUUUGGGCACACACUCAGUAUGGCGAAGAAGAAAAGGAGCUGUUGGAGAAGACCAUCUCAUUCAAAGAGGGUUUGGAGUAUUAUUCAAAGAUUUUUGAGUUGUGUAGCAAAUAUAAAAAUGAGAGCAUUACAUCCCGUGCCCUUGACAUUGGUUGCUCAUUGGGACGGACUACGUUUGAUCUUGCUUUACUCUUUAAUGAAGUGAUUGGCAUUGAUACGUCAGUCAGUAGCAUUGAGAAAGCAAACAAGAUAAAGGAAGAGGGUCAAAUAGCAUACAAGUUUCUCAUCGAAGGAGAAAUCACCAAGGAUUACGUUGGAAAAGUUAACCCUGACAUUGAUAGAAGCCGUGUCAGUUUCAUUGUUGGUGAUGCUUGCGAUUUGCCAUCAGACUUGGGACAAUUUGGAAUGAUUAUAAUUCUCAACGCGCUCCACCACUUUCCUGAUCCUAAAAAGUUCCUCCUCAAUGUUCACAAGCUCUUGGUCUCUGGAGGGAUCCUAAUAAUAGACGAAAUGUACGUCUGGCAUGACAUGCUUGGCCUACCAAAGGAUCGUUGGGUCAGUGGCUAUGUUAAAGAGAAUGGUGAAGAGGUACUAGGGAUCGAUGGGCUAAAGAAUAUUUUGUCGGAGUCCUUUGAGCUGUUGGAGACAAAAGAAAUCCCAUCAAUUACUCGUUGGAAGACACGAAUGUGCAUGAUAGGGUUUUCGGAGGGCACUGUCUGGAAAAGAAAAUAAUGGCACCACUAUUUAAUAGACAAUUUCAUGAUUUUCAUUAGCAAGCAUUAGAUUAUGAAUAAUUAUUAA